AUGCUCGCUGUGCGACGUGAAGCUGCAUUGGUCCGCAGCCUUUCGACGCUCUCGUUCGCGCCGCCGCCGCCGGUGCCUCCUCGUCGCGUGGUGGUCACCGGACUGGGCGCUGUGACCCCGUUCGGCGUAGGCGUUGAGCGCGCGUGGAAGAAGGUCUUGGGCUCGCAAUGCGCCAUUCAGUCGCUGGACAUGUUGCUGGACUCGGGGCUCAACUGCACAGUAGGGGCGACAGUGCCCAGGGGUGAUGAAGAGGGCGCGUUCCACACUGCAGACUGGACGAACCCGAAGAGCUUCCGGGCGCAGGAGGUGGAUCACGUCGCCAUGGCGCUAGCUGCUGCGGACGAGGCGAUCAAGGACUCAGGCUGGGCUCCUGAGUCUGAUGAAGAGCGCGAACGAGCGGGAGUGGCUAUCGGUGCUGCUUGUGGCAACAUUCAAGAGGUCAUGGACGUCGGCCAGCUCAUCAAGGAGAGGAAAUUCCGCCGUGUCACGCCGUUUUUCGUGCCGCGCAUUCUGAUCAACCUUGCAGCCGGCCAUGUCAGCAUUGAGCACGGACUAAGGGGACCAGUCCAUUCGUGCGUGACUGCGUGCGCUACUGGUAGUCACAGCAUUGGAGACGCCGCGCGCUUUAUUCAGCACGGAGAUGCAGACGUGAUGGUCGCUGGGGGAACGGAGCCGAGCAUCAACGAAAUGGCUAUUUGCGCAUUUGAUCGCCCACGAGCUCUGUCGACGAAGUACAACGACCGCCCGAAAGAAGCUUCGCGGCCAUUUGACUCGAAACGCGACGGAUUUGUCAUGGGUGAAGGCGCUGGUGUCGUUGUUCUCGAGGAAUAUGAGCACGCAAAAAAGCGUGGGGCUCGAAUUUACGCCGAGGUGCGCGGCUACGGUCUCAGCGGCGACGGCAGCCACAUCACAGCUCCACUAGAAGACGGCGACGGUGCUCGACGAGCCAUGCGAUCAGCUCUAGCACAGUCGGGUCUUGCGCUGUCUGACAUCGGAUACAUCAACGCUCAUGCUGCGGGCACUCCUCUGGGCGAUCGCGCCGAAAACAAGGCCAUCAAAACCCUCUUCGGAGAUGAUGCUAACCAGCUCGGCGUGUCUUCCACCAAGGGAUCCAUCGGCCACUUGCAAGGAUCGGCUGGUGCUGUGGAGGCAAUUUUCGCGAUCAAGGCGCUUCAUCACAACGUGAUGCCGCCUACACUCAACCUGACCGAGACGACGGAGGAGUUCACGCUCAACUACGUCCCGAAGCAGCCGCAAGAGAAGGAACUCCACGCUGUCAUGUCAAACUCGUUCGGCUUCGGAGGAACCAACGCCAGCCUCUUGUUCGCCAAGUAA